AUGGCGCAGGCCUCACACGCACGUUGGUCCCAUGAACGCCUUGGUCGGCUUAUAAAGUUUCCUCCUCGCUAUGAGAAUUCACUUUAUGGUCCCUUGAAUGCGAUAUUCGCCGACAUCUUUUCUCCUUCUCGGGGGUUCAUUAUUUGUCCGCAGCCGAUAGUACAAGAAAGGACAAUCAUCGAAUCACAUCCCGCAGCCCCCUCGACCGCAUCGGGGCCUUCAUUUAUUGAUCCCGUGUUGGAAACGAAUCCAGAAUCGGUGAAGAUAUGGAUUCCUGACUUUAUCAUUGUGAAGGGCAGGGAAGUCAUGGGUACGGCAUCGGAUCUUGUUCUCGCCUUGAUAGAGGUGAAAAAUAAUGCAGCGAAGCGCGAUGCAUACAUGCGACAAGUGACGAAUUAUCUGGAUGCUCUGCCGAUUGAAACUUGCAGCAAUGGCUUCGUCGCCUACUUAAUUAUGGGUGGAGAAACUGUUAUCUGGCGAAGUGAAGGGCAAGGUGCGAACAGGACCCGUGUUCGAGGAUCUGUCGCAAUCCACACUGGUGGGAGAGCAUUCUUGUCCGGUCUGAGUGCUCUCGGCUAG